GAAAUUUGUAUGAUAUUCUCCAGAUUGCAGAACUAAAGCAAUGGACCAGGAGCCAUCUACGUGGAUAAAAAAAGAGGAAACGGACGAAGUAAAAACAGAGUUACGCUUCAUGAUGAAUGCCAGAUACUGUCGAUGUACCCUGCGCGGCUGCACCAUACCCCAUGGCACCACAAGCUCCAAGGAAAAGAAAUGACAUACACCAGGCCCAAGUUUACCCAUUCAGCAUGAAUGUAAAAGAAGAGUUGGAGGAGGGUGCAAAUAAAGAGUCCAUUGAAGAUCCACUGGGAAUAUCAUGGUCCACUGAUUUUAUCAAGGAGGACCCUGAAUUAAAUUUGGAACUGAGUGUAACUGAGAAUAUUGUGGAAACCUCAACAAGAUACACAUCUGAUAGUGCAAGAUUGACUCAGUGUACUGGUGGGAGCAGUGGCAUAUCAUGUGAAGAAACUUGUCACCAUAGACUGGUCCAGGAUGAGUUGAUGAUAGACAUGGAGAAGUCAUCACAACAGUUUGGUACCAAUACAGAAGAUAUGGCUGUUGAUAAGAACUGCUCAGUUGCCACGCGAUAUAACUGUAGUAUGUGGGAAAAGGAAUUAUAUGUAUAUAGCUGUAAUUUCUGCCAACAGAGCUUUCCUUCAAAAUACAGAUUCAUAAAGCAUGUGUUUAUGCACAUUGAUGGUAUGGAACCACCUUCGUAUGUUUGUAAGUGGUGUGGUGAAGUAUUUCACAGUAAUGUUAGUUUGAAAAAACAUUUGAGAAUGAGUGAGAACUACCAUUUCUCAACUGCAGGCAACCAUGAAAAAUAUGGCUAUAGUGAUGAGCAUCAAAGCGCUAACUUCUCGGAUAGUGAGCCAGACGUUUGUGUCACAGAACUCAACAAGCUGAAUUCAUACAAGGAAACGUGGAAAGCUGCAGACAAGUCUGCUAAUGACAAAGGUAACACAAUUAUGACAAAUGAUACAGAGGAAACAAAUCAUUAUGGAACUUUAUCUACAACUGUUAAUGUCAGUUUCCAGGGUAAUCUACUUACUGCAAACAGAACCCACAAAUGUGACAGUUGUGGCAAAUCUUUUGCUCGUGCAGGCAAUCUCAAGAAACAUGGAGUAAUUCACACUGGAAAGAAACCUCACAAAUGUGAGAGUUGUGGGAAAUCUUUUGCUUUCCCAAGCUAUGUCAAGCGACAUGCAUUAUUUCACACUGGAAAGAAACUUAACAAAUGUCAUAUUUGUGGAAAAUCUUUUUUUGUCUUAUGGGACCUCAAGAAACACUUAUUAACUCACAAUGGAAAAAAACCUCAUAAAUGUGAGAUUUGUGGGAAAUGUUUUGUUUUGUCAAGCGGACUCAAAACACAUGUAUUACUUCACACUGAAAAGAAUCCUCAUAAAUGUGGGAUUUGUGGACAAUCUUUUGCUGGUGCAGGAAAUCUCAAGAAACAUAGUUUAAUUCACACUGGAGAAAAACCUCACAAAUGUGAGAUUUGUGACAAAUCGUUUACCCAGUCAGCUAAUCUCAAGACACACACAUUAAUUCACAGUGGAAAGAAACCCCACAAAUGCGAUAUUUGUGGGAAAUUUUUUGCGCUGUCAACUUAUCUCAAGAAACAUGGAUUUAUUCACACUGGAAAGAAACCUCACAAAUGUGAGAUUUGUGGGAAAUCUUUUGCUUUCUCAAGGGACCUCAAGAGACAUUUAUUAAUUCACACUGGAAAGAAACUUAACAAAUGUGACAUUUAUGGGUAAUCUUUGGCUUUCUCAAGCGUUCUCAAGAAACUUCACACUGGAGGGAAACCUCGUAUAUGUGAGAUUUGUGGGAAAUCUCAAGACACGCACAUUAAUUCACAUGUAAAGACACCUCACAAAUGUGAAAUUUUUGACAAAUCGUUUGCCCAGUCAGGUUAUCUCAAGAAACAUACAUUAAUUCACAGUGGAAAAAAAACAUCACAAAUUUGAUAUUUGUGGGAAAUCUUUUGUUAGGGCAGGCUAUCACAAGUAGUGAUG